ACAAAUGAACAAACUGAACAAAAGGCAUUGUACACACACUCACUAUACAGACCCUAAUAAUGUAAUUCCGUUUUGAGCCACACUAUUAUAAUAAAACACAAUUUUUUAUUUCAACAUUAAGAAUUUCUUAAUAAAAUUGUACAACCUUGUGAACCCAAAGUUGUGUUUUGUCUCUCGUCGUCAAAUAAUUCUAAACAAAUGAUGUUAGAAUAAUUUUACCCUUAUUUUUUAAAUGCAACGUGAACUUAAAAUUGUUGUGGUAAAGUCAGCUUAUCUGCUGCGGUUGAACGUGUCAGCGGCUGUUAGUGGCUAAAGUUUAUUUAUUCUUUAAUCUAUUUAUUUAUUAAAUUAUUAUGAAUUUACAUAAUUGCAUUUAAAUUAGCUAUAUCAACAUCAAAAUCAUAUUGGGAUGGCCAGAGAUUACACAGGGGAGGCCACGGCCCUUGAGUGCGCCCCUGGCACGACCAUUUCUUCUCUGGCCAAACUUUAUGUGCAGAGCUGCUGUCUACAUAGUUCAGAUAUUUUUUGAAAAUGUGAAAUGGCAAACUUGGGCUACUUGUUCAGAAGUUAUUAUUUUUCCUCUUUAAACUUAUGAUAUGAGAAAAAAAGGGGAAAAUAAAAGAAAGAGACCACUUGGAAAAUUAUCAGUUCCUCUGGAUUUAUUAGCUUAAUAUUAAAGAAAAAAUGUAUUAGUUGUAGUAAUUUUAUUAAAUAAAUAAAUAAAUAAAUAUGCUUGUCAAAAACUACUUGUGUGUUCGAAAAUCGGGGUUAUUCCAAAUAUUAAUUCCUUACCUGUUCCAAAUGUUCUUUGAUUCUAUAAAUGACAUUUUUUAUUUUUAAAUCUUUACAUACAUUUUUUUUUUGUUUGAAACGUCGCACGUUAAUCCCGAGAAACUCUAAUUUCCCCCUCAUUGCUGUGUGCUGCCUUUACACAGACGAGGCCGAGCUCUAACCACCCUGUUAACGAUCAUUACCUCCACAAAGGCGUCUCCACAGCGGUUUCUCACGCUCAUUUGCUGUAUAUGAGUGUCCUGGGAGGAGAAUCCCAGAGGAACAUAAUGGGAUGCUAACAGGUUUGAUGCUUCAUCCUCCGCCCCUUCACACUGUUAUCAGCGUCUGCAGCUGCAGCAGGUUAUCAGAGUCCGUCUGACCCCAAACACCCGCACAUGGGGACAAACAGACGAGCUCAUUCCCAGCGUUCACCACACACAGACACACACGACUUCAUUACAGUGUCAGCUAUUCCUGUGCUGUACUUUCAUUCUAGAAAACAUACCGAGAGAUUAAACAAGCUGUUAAUAAUGCGUUAAAGAUGGCUGUUUCUACAUUGAAACCUGUUUAAAAUGAGAUUUAGAUAAGUAGCCCAUACUGAAUAUAUUUAAAUGACAUUUUUAGCUUCGGAUUUCAAUUAGAUUUUCUUAUUUGCUUCCCUGUCAUUUGAGACAAAGUAUUACAUAGCCUAAAGAAAACCUACUCUUCAGAAGGCCCAUGUAUCUAAAUAUAUAUAAAAAAUAAAAUAAAUAUUAUGUACGAUUUUAUUGAACCUUUUGAAAAUUUAACAUAGGAAUACAUUCAUUAUUAAACUUAUGUAAUAUUUGAUCAUCAAUUAUUACUGCAGAAUUUGCAUAUAUGCGUGUGUUUUUUCUUUUCUUAUUACUUAUUAAAACACCAGCACAUUAAAAAAAUAAAAUUAAUAGAUUUUAAUUAUUACAUUAAAACAAUAUCAGUUCUCAUCUUUUAAAAAAAUGUUUCCACAUUCUACAAAAUUGGAUUGUGCGCAUAACUUGAUAAUAAUAAAAAUAGUUCAGUGCAUGUACACACACCGGUGUCACAUUACUGAACAGGAAAUUGUAAAACAUGGGAAGGUUAAGGAGCCCAUCGAUCCCUCGAGACCCCUUUAAGAUAAUAACCUGCUGCCCAUUAGAAAUGAAUCUGUAACUGGAUCAGCUCUUUAAUGCUCGUCCCGCCUUUCGUUUGAGCGCCAGCGCUGAUUGGGCAAAACCGCGGCUCUGACAGUGACCUCAUACAGAACCCGAAGGAGACCCAAAGCAUAAAGCGCGCGCCGGGCGCACCGCGGCGACAGUACCCACUGCUCAGUAGUUUCAUCUGGGCUGACUCAGACGUGAAAAUGCCACGAGGAUUUUUAGUGAAACGGAGUAAACGUGGCUCGUCGGCAUCUUACAAAGUGCGAGCUGAAGAAACGGAGCCGCGUAAAGAGGAUCUGAACACCCAAACUCCAAACGCAAGCGUGCUGGAACCUAUUAGAGAGUCGUGGACCAGUGAGAUCAGUUCCAAACACGAGGAGACACGUCUUCUGGAGGAUGCUGGAGGAAGCGCAGAUUACGCGCAGAACUACUUCAUCCAUCCGGAGCAGAGCGCGUCAUCUCCGCGCAACACCUGCGACUCUUACAGCCCGAUCAAACCCAUAAGCACCGAGCUUUUAGACAGAUGUCUGAGCUCACCGGCCAUGGCAGAGUCUUUUCCUCUGGUCACUCCUGUGUCUUCAAUCGAGCGUCUGCUAAUGAACCACUCUGACAUGAAGUUUGGUACGCCGGUGCCCUCUUCUGUGCCAACCUACCCUGCGCUGCAUCAGUGCGUAAAACGCGCGUUCAUGGACUCGGAGCGUAAAAGCAAACCACCGAAAAAGCCUAAAGUCAUCCGAAAGCUGAAUUUCGAAGACGAAGUCACCACCUCCCCAGUCCUCGGACUUAAAAUAAAAAAAGAAAGUCCCGAAACAAAGCUACCACCUCAAGGUGGAAGAAAGAAACCCCUGGGUGAGUUCAUCUGCCAACUUUGCAAAGAAGAAUAUCCUGAUCCGUUUUCUCUAGCGCAACACAAGUGCUCCAGGAUCGUCCGGGUUGAAUACCGCUGUCCGGAGUGCGACAAAGUUUUCAGCUGUCCCGCCAACCUCGCUUCUCACCGCAGAUGGCACAAACCUCGCACCCUGAGCACCGCAGACACCAAAAAGUCCCAGCUGGAGGCGCGAAACCUGGAGAAAACGUCAUCAGUGGAGGGGAAGGAGAACGCCAGCAAGAUGAGAGUGAACAAUCAGCACCAGCUAAGUCCGGACAGCUCCCAACUUCACCGAUCAGCACCGGACAGCAGCAUGAUGCACAGGGACCCUCCUCUGGACCAAAGGUUUUCCACCCCGGAGAAAUGCUUCGAGAUGCACAUCGGCUCCGCGGAAGCGUCCAGGCUUUUCGAUCACUGUCCUGAAGAGCCGGACAGAUCCCCCGCCACCCCCUACCUGCCCUCACCCGGUCCCGAAGAAGUGUACGACUGCCACUACUGCAGCAAGAAGUUCCGCAGACAAGCCUACCUAAGGAAACACCUGGCCGCGCACGAGACCAUCAAAGCGUCCUCGUACGGUCAGAUCGAGAGCGGGCAGAUCACCUUCCCGUGUCACCUGUGCGGAGCGCACUUCCCCUCUGCGGAGAUCCGCGAUAAACACCGGCUCUGGCACGCGGUCAGAGAGGACUUACUGCUCAGACCCGACCUGAGCCCUGCAGCCGGAGAUCAGCAGAUUUUCUCCUGCAAACACUGUCCGUCCACGUUCUUUAGCUCCCCGGGUUUGACCCGACACAUCAACAAGACUCACCCCUCAGAGAGCCGGCAGGUGAUGCUCUUACAGAUGGCCGUCAGACCGGGAUGCUGAUCCCGCAAAGCGCAAACACUCACUAUCAAACGGCGUGUCGCUCAUGUUGUCACUCAAUAAGCUGCAGCCGGUGUUUCUUUAUGUGGGAAUAUUAUCCAAUCUUCAGUUUUCUGUUUUGAGAACAGAAAGAGUGCAUUUACUGUUCCAUUUUUUUGUGGGGUAAUAUUUUAUAACUUGCAUAGAGAAAGAUUUUCUAGGUUCCAUAAACGGUGAUCAUAAAUUUGUAGUGAAUAAUAAUAAUAAUAAUAAUAAUAAUGAUAAUAAUAAUAA